GUCUCCAGGUCGCCCGCCGCGACGACCAAGAAGCAAGUCUCAGCUGCCAGCGGUCACGUCCUUAUCGCUGCCACUUCUCCGUCGCGUUUGCCGUUCGUCGUCGCCACAGGUCAUAUUGGUCCUCUGCUGCAGCUAAAGUUCGUGAGCAAUAAAAGAGCAGUUGGAAUUUAGCAUACACGGACGUAAGUCUUCUCACACCUUCUCCUUUAGAAUUCCUUGUGUUCUACUUGGUUGAUGUACUGCUUUUGCUAAAUAGUGUGAUACCUUUCUACCAACAAAUUGAGUAAUUUUGUUCAUACACAGUUUCUUAAUUAGCAACCAAGGCAUCAACUUAUUUAUCCUUAAGUAGCAAUAAAGGCAUAUGCCGUGUAUAUGAUUUCCCUCUACUUCCUCCUCUACUGAAUUAGCCAAUUAUAUGAGUACACAAAACUCACCAUAAAUAGUUUAUUUAGACAAACAUGAUUAAACAUAGGUAUAGUUAAAAAAUCUGUGUAGAUGUAUACAUACGUAUGUAUAUGUCCAAAUUAAUCUUGAUUUGUUUGCAUUUUUUCCCUGUACUUCGUCAACUGUUCACACAACCAUGUGCUUAUACAUGUCUGAUGAUCACUAUAUAGCUGAUCUAUACAAACAUGUACAUAUAUAUUAUAUAUAGAGAUCAUACGAACUAUAUAUGUAUAGAGAAAGAGAGGCGUCUGAUCUAGGAGAUCUAUGGAAUACUAUCCUAUUAUUCAUGUACUAUGUUCAGUGAUAUUGAUUGUCAUAUAUAACUAGGAGAAAAUAGGUGCAAAUUUGUGGGAACUACUUUGAUAUGGACCCCUUAAAUCCAAACAGCAACAGAAAGCGGAGUAAGUCCUUUAGUACGGUCCUUUAAAAAUAACAAAAGCCUAGCUUUUAAUAUGCUCGUGACAAGUUUGUCAUGACAGAUCAUAACAAUGCAUGCUACGCCCCAUCAACUUUAUCUCAUACAGAAGCAAGGCGUAUACGUAAGCGAGUGCUAGAUCAGCGAAAACUAGCAUCAACAGGUAAGACAGUGAACACAACUUUUCCCCCCGAUGGUUUUAAAAAAUAUCAAAUAUUGAGGAUGAAUACAACUGUACUAGGGUCCACCGCGCCAUCUCAGCAUACUCCCACACUGCGGUGUGGACACUUCGAUCCAGAUUUCGUAAAAACAAUCAAAGGUAAAUUGUGACGAUGAGUCAAUCCAUUAAUUACUUAAGAUUGUUAAAAAUUAUGUAAUAGAUAAUAAGACUAUUUAAGAUCGCAAGGUUAGAACUAAAGAUGUUUUGUUAUUAAAUUCUUACUGUCCUUCCCUUAAUUUCCUUCGUUAUUUCUAUGCAUGGUGAGGAAAUUUGCAGCUACAUACCAUGAUCGAUCGUAUUAUGGAAGACCAUCAUACCAAUGUGUUCAUUGCUCCGCACUUUUUUGGCACAACGAGAGAAUAAGGUCAUCUGUGGGAACAAGAUCUGUCAUCUACAAUAGUUGUUGUAAAGGUGGUAAAGUUCGCAUACCUGCUUAUAGACCCAGGCCUGAACCUUUAUUGUCAUUAGCAAGGUUUGAUGGUGAUGUGGUUUCAAAAACUUCAUGCAAAAUAUAAGGCAAUACAAUUGCUUGUUUGCAUUUACAUCUAUGGGCGCUCAUAUUGAUAGAUCAUUGAAUGAUGGUCGCGGACCACCAGUCUUCAAGAUAUGUGGUCAGAUCCAUCAUCGAAUAGGCUCAUUACUUCC